AUGCCUACCGCUGUUCUUUUGAUGAGAUGUUUACUUAUCUUACUUGUACUUUCUGGUAAAGUUUCUUUCUUUCUUUUUUUCUUUCUUUCUUUGUUUCUUUCUCUCUUUGUUUCUUUCUCUCUUUCUUUCUUUGUUUCUCUCUUUCUUUCUUUCUUUCUCUCUCUCUCUCUCUUUCUUUCUCUCUUUCUUUCUUCACUCCGUUACCAUGGAAACAAUCUAUCUAUCUAUCUAUCUAUCAAGAAGCACACAGAUAUUUAUUCUCCGAAUUCGUCUUCCUCUCUUUUCCAGUCUUUCUUUUUUCUGUCUUUUUAUAAUCAUCCAACUUUCUAUCUCUUAAUAAUAAAUGUAUUUCUCUCUCUCUCUCUCCCUCUCUCUCUCAUCCUCUUCCUCUUUUCCCUUUCUCUCUCUCUCUCUCUCUCUCUCUCUCUCUCUCUCUUCACAUACACCUUCUUUAUAAUCGGAUCCCUACCGACUUUUUUUUACUGUAUAAUGUACAAAUCUAUCUAUCUAUCUAUCUAUCUAUCUAUCUAUGUAUCUAUCUAUCUGUCACAGUUUAUUCAUGUGUAUCUAUCUCACGAUAUUACAAAUCAAGCUUUUCUGGGUUAUUUCUUUUGUCUUCGGUAUGGUUUUCUUUAUUUUUUAUCUUUCGUCUUUAUUGCGUUUUCCUUUGUCGUUUCUUUCUCUUGUCUUUGUUCUGUGUCUUUUUUUUUUUUUUUUUCUUUAUCCUUCUUUUUUUUUCUUUCAUCUUUAUUCUCCUAUUUCUACCUUUUACUUUCUUUCGUCUUUACUUUCUUUCUUUUGUCUCCCUUUUUAUUUUCCUUUCGUUCUUUCGUUUUAAUCAGCUUUUCCUAUUCUUUUUCUUCCUUCAUCUUUAUUGUUCUCGCUCUAUCUUUUACUUCGGCUUUAUUCGGCUUUCUUUCUAUUAUCAUCGUUAUGUCUUUUGUUUCUUUUUUUUUCUUUCUUUCAACAUUAUUCGGCUUUUUCCUUCUUUUUUUUUUUCGCUCCCCCAUCCUUAUUCAGCUUUGUCUUUCUUUCUUUUUCUUUCUUUCUUUCUUUCUUUCUUUCUAUUUCGCAUUUCGUCAUAUUUUCCACUCUUUCUUCCUUCGUUUUUACUCGGUUUUUAUUCUUCUUUCCUUCUCUUCGUCGAUUUUCUUUCUUUUUAUUUCUCUCGACCUUAUUCUGCUUUUCCUUUCUUUUUUUUCUCUUUCUCUUUACUUUGCUUUUUUUUUCUUAUUUCUCCUCGUUUUUCUUUUUUAUUUUCCCACUCAUUUUUAUUUUGUUAUUCUUUACUGCUAUCCACUUCUCACUCUUUCAUUCAAAUCUCCCAUUUCUCCUUAA